ACUAAACCUAGGCCUAGUGCCAUGCCAACACGUCUAGGUAUAGGUAUACCAAUAGGUACCCACUAUUGUUACCUGUCGCGCUUACCGUUUCAUUGUAACCCCUACACUAUUGAGCUUAGCCUAAAGGGUUACCACUUCAGUGAAACUUCUUGCUAAGUGGAGUCCCUUGAAUGUUAAGGCAUUUAAUGAAAUGGGAUCCAAGAUUAACCUCUUGCUCCUCCAUCUGUAGAAGAUUGUUUAUUAGAAGUAACCUGGGAAAGGAAAGUGAUCAGCACUCAAGUAGACAUGAAAUAAUGGAGGCCAGUGUUGGUAAGUGUAAAGUUCUUAAUGAAGAAGAAAUAUGCAGAGGUAAAUGGCUAGCUCUGCAUAACUACCAUUGGCAAGAUCAGAAUUCUAAGGAAAGGGUGUGGGAGGUUGUCAGUAGAACAACUAGAAAGGAACAACCUCAUGAUGUUGUGGCCAUAGUUGCAACAGUCACAGGGGACUCAAUUCCAAAAUCCUUGAUUCUUGUAAAGCAGUUUAGGCCUCCUCUCAAGAACUAUACUAUUGAAGUCCCAGCAGGUCUGGUUGAUGACAAUGAAUCUGCAGAAGAUGCAGCUCUACGUGAACUGAAAGAAGAAACUGGGUAUACAGGUGUCAUAACUGGUAUCAGUGGCAUUGUAGCACUGGACCCUGGCAUAUCUAAUAUUACGAUGAAAAUUGUCUCAGUUAAGGUUGAUGGAAGUGCAUCAGUCAAUCAGAAUGUAAGCAAGGUCUGUGGUGUUGAUGGAGAACAUACAGAAGUUCUGUUAGUGCCAUUGUCAUCAUUGCAGUCAGCGCUAGCAGAGUUUGCAUCUGCUGGUAUGAUUGUUGACUCGCGUGUAGGAGCCUUCGCUCUUGGAUUGUCAAUAAUGAACAAUAAAACUUAAUGAAGA